UUUUUUCCUGGACUCAUUUAAGGUUUGAUAUCUCUCGGAGUCAAAGUCGGAAUGAACUGGGUAUUCCGAUAUCCUUAGUCAGCAACAGCUUUAACUCCGUUCUUGGUCAACAAAGCGACUUCUCGAAAACGUUCGCGCUUUCGUACUGGUUGAUAAAUUAAAAUAACAUCAACCAUCGCAGAGACAAGGAUACGAGGAGGAACCAACUCAAUUGAGUCAUUGGUCGUUGUUUGGUCGUUCUGGGCCGCCGCCGACAGCGAGCAACCGAACCCAGACUCCGAUAGAGCUAACACUGCGGCUUCCCGAUACCCAUGUUGGAGGCUCGUUCAGGCAGAAAUCUCCCCGUCAGGUUGCGUCAGGUUGAGGAAAACAAACUGUUAAUAUCGUCUGGUGACUCACUCAUCCUGGGUCUAGAUGGAGGUGACUGCUUAUUUCUGAUGCAGGCCGCCUGGGAAUCUUACCUCAGGCUCGUAGUUCCUACCUGUACCAUGUACAGACACGACUACAAGCAACGCCGAUCUCCUUAGGCACCAGCAUUCCACCGUCACUGGUCGAACUGGCUGACAUGAUUUGAUCCUCCUGGAAACCAUCAUAUUCUGCUGGUUUGCAUACGAAACGGCUGCGUACCCAAGGUUAAGCUACUGGUUAGGAGUACGCCCUUCCAUAGGGUACCAUCAGAUUCUUGAUAUAUAUUAAGAUCUAGAUCUAGGAGUACAAUAUCCCUCUAGCACAUCAGUAUUCCAAGCAUACAGGCAGAAAUGAUGGCGACAGUCGAAACCGCCCCCGGACCAACUUGCAUUCCACCAUUAGGAACCAUUCCGUCCUGGCUUGAUCCUGGUUCCGAGCCACCGCUUCCUGACGUAGGAGCACUGCCUGUACCAGCUUGACCAGCAGUAGUGGUGACCGUGGCUGUCGUCGGUGAAGGGGACAGGCUCCGCUCUCACAACACUUCUCUGUUUCGCGGCUAUAACAGCUCUUCGAGGCAAGACAGCAUGAUUCCCCUUUACUACAGGCCCAGGAAUCGUCACCGUCCGUGCAGCAGAUCGAGAACAACGGGUCGUAGCAUUUACCCUCUCCACAGGACCGUUUGUAAUCGGGACAACAUCCUCCGUCCUUAUGGCAUGUGCUCGACUUGGGACAGCUUCCUCCGUCAUCGCAGCAGACUUCCUUGUCCGGGUUAUAGCAGUGUUUCUGGCCACAGGGGAUCUCGCCGGACGGACAGCAGCCUGAUGGUUCAACGCAGUCAUAUCCCUUAUCACAGCUCGUUCCGCGAGACUCACAGCAUGUCUCAGUCGAUGGAUCAUAGCAGCCUUUGGCUCCACAACUUGUGUCUGGCUUGUUGCAGCAGCCAGUCGGCGUGCAGUUUUGGCUCGUUCUGCAGCACCCUUCGCCAGUCGGGCAUUCGUCUAGAGGAGAGUUCCAUAUUAGCAUUCAGUCUAAGUUACCGGCCUGAGUCAUAUUUAUGCUUCAGCUACUCAUUAUAAAUAAAUAGAGACCAAAACCAGAGUUCAUCAACAUACAGGAACCUGCCGGACAAGAUCUCGCAAACAGCAGUUUCGCUUCCGAAAAGCCUUCAAAGCCAGUCAGAGUCCCGUUUGCAGCACGCUGUGGUCGGAAUUCUCCCGUCAACCGGGACGUCGGCUUCACUGCAGCGAGUGGCUGGUCCUCACGCCUCGGAGUGCUCGCAAACACACCGCUAGAGACAACUAGGCCAAAAAGAAAGUAUUUCAUCGUCAUGAUUGACUCACUUUCUGAGUUGGGAAUCCGGGUUUUUGGGUAUCAGGUAUUUGUUUGUGCGGUUUUAUCCUCUCCGUCGGCCACAUCUUGCUCUUGUUCAAGAGGACUACGCGGGUGAGAUUCUCUUGGUAUAGGGUCUCUGCCCCAUCACGCUUACCAGGGAAUACGAGAAUCCCGUAUUCAUCGGCAGGCAUAAAGGCCGACCCGAGGCACCAUUUAUAACUAAGCAGUGUCCUCAGAGCCUUAUAUUAUGACUGUUGAUAUGCAAGGUGACGCAUGGCAAUAGAAAGAUACACUGUUUUAACCCUUAACACCAGUGUGACUAAUUUAUGCAUAAUCACCAUAUAUCGUAUGCCAUUAAACAGUGAGAGUACCACGCCUCUCGGUCCAGUACGUCGGGCAACAGUUAUUUGGAUAAGUAUCAAAAAAGUGCACACUAGGUGUCUAUAUAUAAAAAGAAAACAACAAUCUAC